CGCACCCUAAAGUGACCAUGAUUUAAAUUUGUCAACAUGAAUUUAGAGAGGUUUUACUCAGCUUUUUAAUAUAAAUUCAAUACAAACGUAAAUAAAAGACUUGAUUUGAUUGUAUUUUUACUGUAAAAAAAUUAUAUAAAUGACGAAAAUUGAAUUUCUGAAUUAUCACACUCAUCAAAUGUCAGAAGUUAAUUAUGUGAAAACAAAGUAAACACAUGUAAACAAAGUUUCAACGUAGAUUUAAUGAAGAAUCCACGCUUCAGGCAUUUAUUACAACAUUCUGCACAAUUUAAUUUAUACGAAUCGACGAGAGAAAAUUCUAUAGAAGAGAGCUGAAAAAUUGAAUACUAACAAAUCUAUUGUACAUCGACAAGGAAGUUUACAAUUGACAUUUAAUAUUUGUAUCUAUAAAAAAAAAAAGAAAAUAGGAAAAUGCAAUAAUUGUUACAAUAUAGGACAUUUAUAUUAUAAGUUUGCCAUCUCUUUCUUUGGAAAUGGACGUUGUUAGUCCUACUCCUCAAGAUCUACAGAGGAAACUUUACUUCCUAGUGGAACAGUUGCAGCACAUGGCCGGAGAGCUCCCACCAAAGUAUCAGAUGCGUCUGCCAUAUGAAUUGCUGUCCGGCUUGGCAAACUCGUUGUUGAACGACACCAUCUUCGAAAUAGUGAAGGGACUGAUGGAAAUACAGCAUGUGACUGAGAAGCAUCUCUUCCAACAACGGCUUCAACUUUUGAAUCAACAAAAGAUUGAAUCUCAAGAGGUAUUGUUGUCAACGACAGAUGAAGAGUUGCCAGCAAUAAAAGUGACUCUUCAAAAGAAGCACAAAGAGGAGUUGAAGCAAUUGGAUAUGAAAUUGGUGUUGCAAUUGGAUCAAAAAGUGGCGGACCAACAGGGUAUACUGGAGAAGGCUGGAGUACCAGGAUUUUAUGUGACUAACAAUCCUAUGGAGAUUCAAGUCCAAAUGAGGCUGUGCGACUUUAUAAUUAGGCUCAGCAAGAUGGAUAUACCAACUUGAGAUGGAUAUAUAGUUCUGUUUUUCUUGUACAACACCUAUUUAUUUAUCAUCAUUUCUCUCAUAGUAAGCAUUUAUUAUGUUUUGUCAUUACCAUUUAUGAUCAUUCUUUAUAUUAUUAAGUUUUGAGGAGAAAAGAUGUGUUGUAAAAAGAUUUAUUAUAAAAUACUUUAUUUAAAUCAAGCUCUCCUUUGUAUACAAUAAAAUUUCAUAUUUUGUCAUAUUAUUAGAUUUACUAUAUUAAGAUUUACAGCCAUCAACUUAGUAUAAAUAAAU